GGGAUGAGGAGGAGGAGGAGGAAGAAAAGCCCUCAUCCUGAUAGUCUCCAGUUUUGUUGCGUGUCGCGCCGUUUGCAGCGGAGUUUCGGGCUGAAGGUCCGACUGGAUGUGUGCGCUUCGUGUUCGCGCUGCAGACAGAAAACACACACACACACACGCACACCCCUGCCAUUAAAACCUGGACGUGUGCGCGUGUUGGUGUAGACAUGAAUUACACCUGAGCGGGGCACGUAGUUAGCCGGGUUCCUGGGCGUGGGAAGGACGAGGAGAGCAGCCCGUCUACUUGUUUGUCUGUGGGAAUACUGUUGAAGCAAACUUCGGCCGUGAAGGCAGCAGCCGCGCGGCUCCACCGCACGUCCGCUUCGUCCCAGUUGGACUCGACAAGAUCAGUUUCCCCCCUUCAGGAUGUAAAUCUGGAACUUUUCUCUUGAAGGACCGCUAACACAGAGGACGAGUUUUAUUUUCUAACUUUUGAUAUCUUUUGCGGAAUACAGAAAGAAACAUCACGGCUGUGCACUGAGAGGGAUCAGCGGAGGAGGAGCGAGGCGGUUCAUGUCAUCAGAGUCCAACAGGCCUGAACGCUGAGCAGGAGAGUGAGGCGGUUGAUGUCACCAGAGCUCAACGGGCCUGAACGCUGAACAGACAUGAUGGAGCGGUGGUGGGUUUGGCAGUUUGCCCUCGUCACCGUGGCAACCAUUUACCUCAGCCCCUCCCAGUGCAAAAAUGCAGAGUUUAACUCCGACAACCUGAUCAACAACGUGGUGGCCGACCCUCGAACUGGCCGGCUGUACGUUGGCGCAGUCAACUCCCUGUACCAGCUGAACCCCAACCUUGAGGUCGAGUCCCGCACCGAGACGGGCCCCAAGCGGGACAACAGACAGUGCACGCCGCCCGUCACCGACGCCUGCGAGGAAGCCGUGGACACCGACAACCACAAUAAGCUGCUGCUGGUCCAUGGGGCCAAGGACAUGUUGGUGGUCUGCGGCAGCGUCUUCAGGGGCAUCUGCUCACUGAGGAACCUGAGCAACGUGGAGCAGCUGCUGUACUUCAGCGACACCAAAGGAGAGAAGUCGUACGUAGCGAGUGCCGAGGAGGGCGUCUCUGUGGUGGGAGUGAUGUCAUACUUCACCAAGGACGGAGACAACUUCACCGUAUUCCUGGUUGGUAAGGGGUACGGCAGCCAUGACAGCACCAAGCUGAUCUCCACCCGCAUCCUCCAGGACUACGGUGAUUGGGUGGUUUUUGACAGCAUCAUCGAGGCUUCAGCGGUCCAGGCCAACCCCUUUGUCCUGCGGUACCUCCACGAUUUCCGCUUCGCCUUCAGAGACGACGGCUUCGUGUACUUCCUGUUCUCACGGACGCUAGGGGUUCAGGACACCAAGAACUUCACCUUCAUCUCCAGGAUGUGCGAGGACGAUCAGGGUUAUUACUCCUACACUGAGCUGCAGCUCAACUGCAGCGCCACAAACAAGUACAACAAAGCCCAGGCUGCUUAUGUAGCAGCGCCAGGUGAGGUUUUGGCUCAGAGUAUGACCAGUUCAGGCCAGUAUGGACCAGUUUCAGCCUCUGACAAAGUGCUGUUUGUCACCUUCACUUCUGACGAAGACUCAUCUACUUCUGCCAUGUGUAUGUACCCUCUGCGCUCUAUUAAUAAAAGGCUGGUGGAAAUAAUAGGCGCCUGUUACAGCAACAACGGCAUCAUUAACGGGAGGGCUGCUGUCUACUCACCUUAUUCUUCUAAGUCUGAAGAGCUUUGCAGCAGCAAUAAUCAGAAUAACAUGGCCCUCAGAUACAAGUGUGGGGCCGAGUUCCUGCCCUCCCCAUUGGCCAGCAAGGCUGAGUUCGCCUUAACAGCCGAGCCUCCAUUGGUCCGUAAGAAUCACAUGACCGCUGUUGCCGUGGCUGUGGAAAUGGGGCACACUGUGGCCUUCCUGGGCACCACCACCGGGGAGGUGCUGAAGGUGCACGUGUCGGCCCACGCCGAGGUGUACGGGCGAGCGACGGGCGAAGUGACCGGAGACAAGGUCAACAAGAACCUCCUGUUCGAUUCCAGCCUCCAACACCUGUACAUCACCACGGAGAAAAAGAUCACCAAGGUGCCAGUGGAGGCCUGCCACCUGAAGAAAGACUGCCACUCCUGCGUGUCGAUGAAGGAUCCGUACUGCGGCUGGUGUGUCCUGGAGGGAAAGUGCACCAGGAAGCGGGGCUGUCGCAGGUCGACGGAGGAGAACACCUGGCUGUGGUCGCCCAAUCAGCAGUGUGUUCAGAUCCAGUCCUUCACUCCACCCAACCUCAGCUGCAAGAAGACCCAGCAGGUUGAUAUCCACAUCCCCGCCCACCCCAGCCUGAGCCCGUCCGAUCGGCUGCAUUGUGUUUUCGGCUCUUUCACCAGCGGAGCCGUGAUGUCCUCGGACUCUCAGGUCACCUGUUCGCUGCCCGACCCCGUGGACAUCCCGCCCACUCCCGACCAGCAGGACUAUGUGUCUGUCCCAGUCAAGGUUGUGGUGAACAACAACAUCGAGGUGACGUCUGGAGAGUAUCAGUUCUACAACUGUGCUGCGACAGUCAGGAAGAACCAAAACACUCCGUGUAUAGCCUGUGUGACCAGCGUGUGGGGCUGCCAGUGGGACGCUCGGGACCACAGCUGCAGCGACAGGAACGACAACGUGAACGGAAAUCAGAUCGUGAAACCGCAGCAGCCGGACAGAUGUCCUCAGUUCGAGUCCCCGGAGCCGCUCUUAAUCCCCGUGGGCUUUGAAAUCCCCAUCAGCUUCCAGGGCAGAAACCUGGACAUCUACACGGGCCGGAGGUUCACCAUCGGGACGGAGCUGAUGAAGCACACUGAUAAGGAGGUCGCACAGGAGCAGGGGUCAAAGUUCACAUUCACGGGUUAUGAGUUUGCCUAUGACAAGCAGCAGCAGGUGAACGUUUCCUUCCAUAUCAAAGAAAAAGACACAGACAGAAAGAUUGACAGCACGCUGACAGUCGUGCUGUACAACUGCUCAGUGGGAAGAGAAGACUGCAGUCUGUGCAGACACGCCGACGCCACCUAUGAGUGUGUUUGGUGCGCGGCCAGACGCACCUGUGUGUACCGUGAGCUGUGCCCGUCGCCGCAGCCGCAGCAGUGCCCCAACCCGGAAAUCACCGACAUCAUCCCUCGCUUCGGCCCUCUUAACGGUCGGAUCUCGGUGACCAUCAGAGGCUCCAACAUGGGAAUCAAGAAGGAGGACAUCAAGAAGAUCACGGUGGCCGGAGUGGACUGUGUUCACCAGGAGGACAGAUACUCCGUGUCCACCAGUGUGGUGUGUGAGAUCGGCCCAGCGAAACGAGCUCCCUAUCACCAUGACAUCCCGUUUGAGCCCACCCACAGUGGAGCCGUGGAGGUGGAAGUGGAGGGAGGGAGGCGAGGUACAUCUCAGGUCAUUUUCACGUAUCGGGAUCCCAAACCGGUCGACGUCCACCCGGCGAAGGGUCCGGCAGCCGGGGGAACCGUGAUCACCAUCGAGGGAGACGACCUGGACACUGGGACUAAAGAGGACAUCGCCGUGGCUGUGGGCACAGUUCCCUGUGAAGUCCUGUCGUUCGGCAAACAGAUCACCUGUAAGACCGGGAAGUAUCGGGGGCAGAAGGUGCCCUCUGAUCUGUUAACGGUGACCGUGAGAUACGGUAAAAACACCACCAAAGACGUCCCAGCUGCAUACCAGUACUCUGAAAACCCCAAGAUCACAGAUUAUAACCCCAAGGCCAGCUUCAUGUGUGGUGGUCGAAGGAUUGUGGUGGUGGGAAGCGGUUUCGACCUGAUCCAGAGAGCCUCCAUGAAAGUCCUGCACUCCACUGAUGAGUUUUCACAGAACACCACGACUGAAGAGUUUGUCCAGAAGGCCCUGAGUAAGAACGACACGGUCCUCCAGUUUCACUCCCCGCCGGUGAACUGCUGCCUCGACAGCCAGUCUCUCAGGACGGUCGUCCAGCUGGACAACGUGAUGGAGGAGCUGAAGAGCUUCGACUACCACCCCGACCCCACCUUCAACCAGCUCGCCAAGAACGUCAUCACGGAGACCAGCAUCAUCAUCGUGACUGGCCGAGGGUUCUCCAAGGCGAUGACGGCCAAAGAGGCCCAGGCGUUUGUCGGAGACGCUACCUGUCACGUUAACAUACUGCAGGAUGAUAAGUUAAUCCUGGAGGCCCCGUCAUCACAGCCCAAAUCGAGGUCCAAACGCCAGCGCAGAGACACGACCAAAGACUUGCUGGAGCUCGUGGUGAAGUUCGGUCACGGCGAGUGGCUGGUGGGUUCAGUGUACUACGCCAGGAAAGACGACAUUCCUCUGGCCAUCAUCAUCCCUGCAGUUAUCGUACCGAUGCUGCUCUUCAUCGCCGUCUCCGUCUACUGCUACAGGAGGAAGAGUCAGCAGGCAGAACGGGAGUACGAGAAGGUGAAACACCAGCUGGAGAAUCUGGAGGAAAGUGUCCGAGAUCGCUGCAAGAAAGAGUUCACAGAUCUGAUGAUUGAAAUGGAGGACCACACCAGCGACCUGAGCGAGGCCCGGAUCCCCUUCCUGGACUACAAAACCUACACUGACCGAAACUUUUUCCUGCCCUCCAAGGAUGGCGCCAACGACGCCAUGAUCACCAGAAAACUAAAAAUCCCAGAAGCCCGCAGGGCCAUCGUGGCUCAGGCGCUGAACCAGUUCUCCAACCUGCUGAACAGUAAAACCUUCCUCAUCAACUUCAUCCACACUCUGGAGAGCCGCCCGGACUUCAACGCCCGGGCUCGCGGGUAUUUCGCUUCACUGCUGACGGUGGCGCUGCACGGCAAGCUGGAGUAUUAUACAGACAUCAUGAGGACGCUGCUGCUGGAGCUGAUGGACGAACACGUGCAGAACAAAAACCCCAAACUGAUGCUCAGGAGGUCAGAGACGGUGGUGGAGAGGAUGCUUUGUAAUUGGAUGUCCAUCUGUCUCUAUCAGUUCCUCAGGGACACGGCAGGAGAGCCUUUAUACAAACUGUUCAAGGCCCUGAAGCACCAGAUCGAGAAGGGCCCGGUGGACGCCAAGAUGAAGAAGGCCAAAUACACACUGAACGACACGGGACUGCUGGGGGACGACGUCGAGUACUCUGUACUGACUCUGCAGGUGUUGGUGCACGGGGAGGGACCCGAUGUGACUCCGGUGAAGGUGCUGAACUGCGACACCAUCUCCCAGGUGAAAGAAAAGAUCAUCGAUCAGGUCUACAGGAACCUGCCGUACUCGCAGAGGCCGAGCGUGGAGAGCGUCGCCCUGGAGUGGCGUCCUGGAUCCACGGGUCAGAUCCUGUCCGACCUCGACUUGACCUCCCAGAAGGAAGGACGCUGGAAGAGACUCAACACACUGGCUCAUUACAACGUUCGGGAUAACGCCACGCUGGUCCUGUCCAAAGUUUUACACACACAGUCCUUCCACCAGCACCAAGACAGCUAUGAAGAGAAAAACUCGCUGCUGGAGGACGACAACACCUUCCACCUGGUGAGGCCGGCCGACGAUCUCGAUGAAGGGAAGUCAAAGAGAGGCAGCAUGAAGGACAAGGCGAUGACCAAAGCCAUCACGGAGAUCUACCUGACCAGACUGCUGUCUGUCAAGGGCACUUUGCAGCAGUUUGUGGACGACUUCUUCCGCAGUGUGUUGUGCUCGAGCUCCGUCGUCCCUCCGGCUGUCAAAUACUUCUUUGACUUCUUGGACGAACAGGCGCAGAGACACGACAACGUGGACGAGGAGACGCUGCACAUCUGGAAGACCAACAGCUUGCCUCUGCGCUUUUGGGUGAACAUCCUGAGGAACCCGCACUUCAUGUUCGACGUCCACGUGACCGAGGUGGUGGACGCGUCGCUGCACGUCAUCUCUCAGACCUUCAUGGACGCCUGCACCAAGACGGAGCACAAACUGAGCAGAGAGUCUCCAAGCAACAAGCUGCUCUAUGCAAAAGAGAUUUCCACCUACAAGAAGAUGGUGGACGAUUACUACAAGGGCAUCAGACAGAUGGUUCCAGUCAGUGACCAGGACAUGAAUACACACCUUGCUGAGGUGUCCAGGCAACACACAGACAAGCUGAACACCCAGGUGGCCUUACAUCAGCUGUACCAGUACGCCAGCAAGUACUACGAUGUGAUCAUCCAGUCGCUGGACGAGGACCCAGCAGCCCAGAAUAAACAGCUCACGCUCCGCCUCCAACAGAUCGCCGCCGCCCUGGAGAACAAGGUCACUGACCUUUGACCUCUGACCUCACGGAGGGGUCCGGAGGAGCUAACGGCUACUAAAACACAGGAUCUUGUUUUCUAUUUAAGAACUCGAAGGGGGAUGAGCUCACGGACUCUAGCGAAUGUUUGAUCGUGUUGGGACUGAAGUGGGAGGGGCUAGUGGAGCCGCAGGAAGCUGUUGACCGCAUGAGGACUGGGGAGGAGUUAAGGGACUCCCAGAGGGGCGAGGAAUGGAGGUUUUGAACAAAUGAUGCCAUUUGGCAUUCCAAAAACAAAUACCAAGGAGGUAUGCAAAAUGGCCACCAUGAUAAGACUGCAGAUGGGAGCUCUGUUAUUUUUUUAAUGGUAGCUGGGGAGACCUGGCUCUGUCUGUGUUUGAAUUAUCUAAACCACAAAGUUUAAUUUUACCAUGUAAGGACUGAACAAGAAAGUGCCACACAAGAAUGAAAGUUAAGAUUUUUGGAUAAUUGAAGAAUAUUACAGGGGUAUUGAGACAUGACCAAAUAUUUUCUUUUUACUACUUGGAGUUUGGGUUGGAAGUACGGCUGCUCCAGGACACUUUAUGACCACUUUUUCCUUAUCGUAUUGAGUCUAUGAACUGUGGAUGUAAGGUUAAUUUGUCUCGAUUUCCUGAUCUGAGGUCGGUUUUCUGUCUCCAUGCUAAAUGUUAGCCAGCAAAACUGAUCUCGUAUCAGCAACAGAGAACAAUUUCCAUCCCAUAGGCGUGAAAAUGCUUUGACCUUGAAGCAAGCUCAAAUUAAAAUAAUCAACCAAUGAAAACCCACUACGGUACACACCACUGGCCAAUCAAGGGUCUUGGAGGAGGAGGAGAGUGAAUUCAGGGUACGAUGAGUUGAGUCCAAAAAUCAGAGCGCAGCGCAGACUUUUCUUGUAUCAUGGCCAAAAGCUGUUUUUCAUAUGCGGUUAGCUGCAGUGUGUGUUUCUAUAUCGAUGAUUCUGUGCUGGUGACUCAGUGCUGAGUCAUUUCACUCUGUUUAUUUGUUUAUUAUUAUUGUUCUUUUUGUGCAGGCUUUAAGCAGAGGCUUUGCAUUUCCAUAUACAACGUGACAUUUACCUUUUUAAUGGACUGAUACAGCACCACUUAGUUUUUAUCUUUUGUGAAGUGUUAAUCAGGUUGGUCCAUCAUGUCAUAUCCUGUGUAUGAGUUUGUGUGUGUGUGUGUGUGUGUGUGUGUUUGUUCAGUAGUUAUCAUCACCGCUCUGUUGCUGAGGACCAGCUUGUUUUUACGUUCUGUGAAAAAAAUCAUGACUGCCUGAUCUAAUCAGCCAAACGCUUUCAUUUUUAAGUGCGAUUUUUUUUGUCAUAAUCUAAUUGAAGCUCUUUUACAAUCCUCCAUAUCUAAAGUUCCAUUUUUUUCUGUUUCUGUUUAACUUCUGACAAAUGAGGAAAUGACUUAAGUGUCUUCUGAAGACCGGAUAUCCUUCAAAAAGGCUUGGAAUAAAUCAGAAUUUAAGGUGGUAAAGUGA